AUGGCUGCGCCUCCACCACCGCCGCCACGCGGCACCAUGUCGCUGUACGCGAACCUGCUCGGCGAUGGAAGCAACGACGCCUCGCCGUCGCCAUCAGCGAAACCCGAAGCAGCGAAGAACCCAGCCCUCCGCUUCCAGCCCAUGAUCCGUCGGCCACAGCAGAACGCCAAAGGCAAGCCAAAAGCAAAGACGCCAGGCCUGCCCUCCUCGACGCGACCCGCCUCUCAGGCUACGCCAUCCGUCUCCACCACUACCUCGACUCCUGCCCCCACACCAGCACGCACGUUCCUUGCCGACUGGACCUCGGGCGGCGGUGAUGGCAACAACAACAACGACGGUGACAACGACAACGACGACUAUUACGCCGGCAUCGGCGGCGGCUACGAUGAUUAUGACGGCCCUGGCGGCCGGAAAUGGCCGCAGCGGGGCGGCCGGAAACGCAGGAAGAAGCGGCUCGAGGACAAGCAGCGCAUGGCGGCGCGCGACGCGUACAUGGUCGACUGGGACGAGCUGUACGACCCGGCACGGCCGACCAACAUUGAGGCGUACCUGCAGAGCGACGAGCACCUGGACGCCGUGCACGCGUGGAAGAGCGUACUCUAUGCAGACCGGCGAAAGAGGCAGCGGCAGGAGCAGGCGAAGGCGGAGAAACCAAAGGCAAGCGACGACAGCAGCUCGUCGGGAGACGAAGGGAGGGGCCGGCCGCCCCAUCCGAACAACAACGCUUUUGCACCGCCGCCGCCGGCCGCCUUUGCACCGCCGGCCAGCUACGAUCGGCCCGCCGCAACAGCUGUCGGUCGAUCACCUUCACCUGCACAAACGCCGUCCUCCCCACCACCACGGCCAGACGGUCUAGUCGUCUCCAAAGCGCCUAUCCGCUUUGCCCCAGCCGCAGAAGAGGACCACGACAUGAAGGACAAGGGCAACAGCGAAGAAGAAGCUGACGAAGACGACUACAGGCCGUCUUUGUCGGGGUUGGCAGGUGACACCACAGAAGGCACGGAUGGCAAGGAGGGAAGCGAAGGCACAGAGCAGCUGCGUACGAAUCGGCCUGGCCAGGCCGGCUUUGCCGCCCGGCUCAUGUCAAAGUACGGCUGGACGCGUGGCUCCGGCCUCGGUGCCGACGAGAGCGGCAUCGUCAACCCACUGCGGCACAGGAAAGUCGGCAAGAGCGGAGCCGUCGGGCGCAUUGUUGGUGGUGGAGGAGGAGGAGGAGGUGGCAGUGGUGGUGGCAGCAGCAGCGCAGGCUCUCGAAAGGGAGACGGGAGCAGCGAACCCAAAAUAUCCCCCGUCAUCGUCCUCCGGAACAUGGUCACGGGAUUGCCCGAUCUGGACGCCGAGGUCGCCGAUGGCCAGCUCGUGCAGGACAUUGGCGAGGAGUGCGGCGCGCAGUACGGACGCAUUGAGCGCGUGUACAUUGACGUGCCCGGCCAGCUCGUCUUCAUCAAGUUCACAGAAGCCGUGUCGGCACUGCGAGCGGUCAGUGCGCUCGACGGCCGCAACUUCAACGGCAACGCCAUCGUCCCGAGCUUCUACGACGCCGACAAGUUCGAGGAGGGAAUAUACGAGUAG